UAGUUAAAUGCAGUAACCAUGUUCCCGUAGCUACAGAUCUGCUGCUGGUGGACGGAUAUGCGUGACUGAGGUCACCUGGCGUUCUCUGCAGGUGACCGUGAAUAUGGCACAGGCAGUACAGAAACUCGUUGCAAAAGUACCCACUUUGGUAGGAGCCGCUGUCACAUACUCCAAACCACGACUGGCGACCUUCUGGUACUAUGCCCGGGUGGAGCUCGUACCACCUUCUCCAUCUGAGAUCCCCAAAGCAGUAGAGGCUGCAAAAGGUCUCGUCAAGAGCUUCCAGUCUGGACGCAUGGGGCAAACUACAGUAAAGGAUGCUUUAAGGAAUGGACUCGUGACCACUGAGGUGCUGAUGUGGUUCUACAUUGGAGAGUGCAUUGGCAAAGGAGGCAUUGUUGGAUAUGAUGUCUAACUAUUGAACAGUUGUUUCUCCUUCUGAACUUACAGUUGUCACAUUCUCAACCACCUGCACCAAUUUUUCAAAUAAACAUGUCUGUAGUCA